GUCCCCUCCCAUCUGUUCUAGUACUAACUUAGCGAGCAGCAACCCGGAAGCGGCUUGGAAGAAGAAAAAAAAAAAGGGGCGGCUGCGGCUCGUCCGCUUGAUCCGUUGACCCCGACGGGAAGCCGGAUCCGGCGAGAAGGGGAUCGUGAUUCGCGACCAGCGGUGGCCUAUCCAUGGAGAUUGCAAAGGGGACACUGUCGAGUGUCAUCACCAAGCUUGGUGUUCUCCUCACCGAGGAGUACAAACCGCUAAGGGGGGUGAAGGGAGAGAUCAGGUUUCUCCAAUCUGAGCUCGAGAGCAUGAAGGGUGCCCUCGAGAAGGUCUCCAAUACACCGCCAGACCAGCUUGACAUUCAGGACAAGAUCUGGGUCAGGGAUUUGAGAGAGCUAUCCUAUGAUAUAGAGGACUAUAUUGACACGUUCAUGGUGCGUGUGAAGGGCGAUAAGUCAGCCAAGCGGCCCAGCUUCAAGAAUUUGGUUCAUAAAAGUUUGAUUAAAAAUGUUAGGAUUCGACAUAGGUUGGCUACUGAUAUAAGAGGCAUCAAGAGCCGUAUCGCUGAAGUGCAGGAGAGGCGGCUAAGGUACGAUGUUAACAAUGGUGUUGCUAAGCCUACAAUAGCUACUGUGGACCCACGUUUAUUUGCUCAGUACACAGAGGCAAAAGAGCUUGUCGGAAUUGGCCACUCAAGUGAUGAACUAAUUAAGGUAUUGAUGGAUGGGAAUAGAUUUCCCUUGCAGCAAGGCAAGAUAGUUUCCAUUGUUGGAUUUGGAGGCCUUGGAAAGACAACUCUUGCGAAACAUGUGUAUGAGAAGAUUAGAGGACUUUUUGAUUGUUGUGCUUUUGUUUCGGUGUCUCAAACUCCUGACUUACAUAAAUUGUUCAUGGCCAUCCUCUAUCAACUUGAUUGGAAUAAAUACGAUGAUAGUUUUUUUAAUGAAACUUUUUUAGACGAGCAGGGACUCAUCAAUGAACUCAGAGAAUUCCUUGGACAUAAAAGGUAUUUUGUUGUUCUUGAUGACUUAUGGGAUAUCUCAGUUUGGAAAAUGAUUAGAUGUGCUUUGCCUGAUAAUGAUGUUGGAUACAAAAUUAUCACAACGACACGUAUUUUAGAUGUUGCUCAUCAAGUUGGUGGUGCUUACAAGUUGAAACCACUUUCACAUAAUGACUGCCGAAAAUUGUUGUACAUAAGAAUAUUUGGUAAUGAAAAUAAGGACAACAUUGAUGGCAUAGAAAAAUGUCCGGAUGAGGAUCUGGCUGAAGUAUCUGAGAGAAUACUACAGAAAUGUGGUGGUGUGCCUUUGGCUAUUGUUACAAUGGCUAGUCUGCUAGCCUCUAAGGCAAGAAAUAAGAUUGAUUGGUAUGAUGUGUACAACUCUAUUGGUACCGGUCUUCAAAAUAGUGAUUUGGAGGAUAUGAGAAAGAUAUUGUCACUUAGCUAUUAUGCAAUGCCCUCCCAUCUGAGAAUUUGCUUAUUAUAUUUAAGCAUGUUUCCAGAAGAUUAUAAAAUUGAAAAAGAUUGUUUGAUAUGGAUGUGGAUAGCUGAAGGCUUUAUCCAAUGUGAAAACCAAGGUAAGAGCCUAUUUGCAAUUGGAGAGAGUUACUUCAAUGAGCUCAUAAACAGAAGUAUGAUCCAACCUAUAUAUGAUGAGUGCACUGGCUUGAUAUAUUCAUGUCAAGUACAUGAUAUGAUGCACGAUCUUAUUUGCUCCUUGUCAAGUGAAGAAAAUUUUGUUUCUAUACUGAAUACUGGGUACGACACGUCUGCAUCAAAGAUAUUUCGGAGGUUGUCUCUUCAAUAUGGUAAGGAUGAUAAUGCUAUGCCUCAACAUACUACAAGCAUGCAACGUGUAAGGUCAGCUAUUGUCUUUCCGUCUGCAUUUUGUGUAAUGCCGGUCCUUACAAAAUUCAAUUUAUUACGUGUCCUGAACUUACAAGAUUGUGAUAUUUCACGAGGUUACAGCCUCGAGUACCUUGAGAAUUUAUUUUACUUGAGGUACCUAGGAUUAUGUGGCACACACAUUUCUCAGCUUCCUGAAGAAAUAGGAAACCUAGAAUUUCUACAAACUUUGGAUGUGAGGGGCAACAAUAUGUUUAGCUUGCCGUCAACUAUUGUUCAGCUCACAAACUUGAUGUGCCUGUACAUUGAUGAGUUUACAAGAGUGCCAAAUGGGAUUGGGAGCCUAACAAAUCUUGAAGUGCUGUCAACUUUAGACAUUACUGUCUCCAUGGACAUUAUAGAAGAGUUGGGCCAGCUAAUGGAACUGAGGGUGCUUCAUAUUUUGCUGUUCAUUGGCUGGAGUGGGAAGCUGGUGGAGUGCCUAUGCAAGCUGCAAAAUAUCGAAUAUCUAUACAUCAAGAUCUUUGGAGAUCAUCAAUCAGACUUUUGUGGAUUGGAUGCCUGGGUUGCCCCUAGACAUCUCUAUAGAUUGGAUAUAGAAUGGCCAUGCUGGUUCUCAACACUGCCAGCAUGGAUGAAUCAGUCUUAUCUACUGGACCUUGUAUACCUAUCCAUUGCUGUGAGGGAUUUAGGGCAGAUCAAUCUCGAAACCCUUGGGAGGUUGGGAUCUCUCCGUCUGCUACAACUGUCUGUGGAUCCAAAAAAUCUUGGAACCCUUGGGGGAUUUAUCAUUGGUGCUGGAUUAUUCCCAUGCCUUGUAUUCUUCCAGUUCGGGGGAUCUAUAGGGCCUAUUGUGUUUCAGCAAGGAGCUAUGCCGAGGCUGGAAAUUCUUAACUUUGAGUUCUGUGUACAGGCGGCUAGACAAAUCACCUGCAAUGGUGAUGGUCUUGAGUUGGGCCUUGGAAACCUGUCGUCACUCAAGGAUGUCAAAAUUUAUUUGCGUUCUAGAGGCGCUAGCAAGGAAGAUGUAAACGAAUUGGUGGCUGCACUGAGGCAUGCAGUUGAAAUCCAUCCCAAUCUUCCCAAGCAUCAGAUAUGCGGAUGAAACUCCAGAUGAAUGAUGGACUGGACUAGAAUACAGAUGUCUAUAUUUGCCGAUCACCAAAUAUAUCUGAAAUCCAUGCAAACUGGUCAACUUUUUAAUUUAUAUGUCCGCAAGGAAAGAUGAAGAUAUGCUGGGUGCAAUCAUCAUCAUGGACUGGAGAAUAGAUUUUUAGUUAUAUCCAAUCAUCACCAUUGCAGGAUGACUCCGAACUGACCCUAUGAGUAGAUGAAUCCUGCUUGGCUUCAAGGUCGAUGGACCUUUUCGGCUCCAUUAAUUGUGGGCCUUUUGUUUUUUUUCCUAUUAACUUUUACUGUUAGCCUGGAGUCGGUAAGCAUUUGUAUGAUGAUUUGGACUGAUGCCUUUUCUUUAAAUGGCCUGAAAUAAGUUUUUAUCCGCUAUCAAAAAAAUGAGUACAUGAUUAUGUGUAUAAAAUCAUUCUACCUUUUCAUUUUC